AACCUAACCUUUCGAUAGAUUGUUUUGAAAAAAUUUUUUUUUUAAUGUUCGAAAACGAUAAUAGCGCCACCACCACCAUCAUCAACAAUAUGCAUGAAGAAAUACAAGUUGCAUUAAAUUUUCUUAUAUCUUUCCUGUAUAAUAAACUACCUCGUCGUCGUGUUAAUCAAUUUGGUGAAGAAUUAGAAUUAAUAUUAAAAAAACGUUUUAUUGAUCAUUGGUAUCCAUUAGAACCAUCAAAAGGUUCAGCAUAUCGUUGUAUACAUUGUAAUCCACAAUUAGAUUCAUCAUUAUUUCGUGAAGCAGCACAAAAAAGUGGUCUAAAUUUACAAGAUGUUCAACAAAAUUUUCCAAACGAAUUAUCAAUUUGGAUUGAUCCGGGUGAAGUUUCAUAUCGUAUCAAUGAAAAAGGUCCGGUUAAUAUAUUGUUUAGUUUGAAUAAACAAAGAUUAUCAUUGAAUAAUAAUAAUGGUGAAUCAACAACAACAACAACAACACCGACAAUUAUCAAUGGAUUAAAUCCAGAAGCUCAAUGUUUUCAACCUGAAUCCAAACAAUUUAUUAUCAAUAAUGAUAAUAAAUUAAUGAUUAAUCAUGAUCAUCAUCAAUCGCAAUUGAAUAAAUCGAUUCCGGAUAUUUUUAAUAGCCACCAUAACAAUAAUAAUAAUAAUAACAGUAAAAAUGAUGCUAUUACUUUUACUACGGCUGCAUUUGCUGCAACAAAAUUUGGUUCAACUAAACCUAAAGUAAUGAUGGCAAAUCGUAAACAACAACAAUUCCAACAACAACAACAACAGACACGAUCGAUACCAAUCGAUGGUCCAAAAUUUUUGACAACCACCAAUGCUACGGCAACGAAUGCAAAUCGUAAAUUUCAUUUUAAACCAGUUUCACGUGCAAAUUCAUUCAGUAACAGCAGCAGCAGUAACGGACAAACGUUUUCUCACUGCCAUCCAUCACUAACAUCACCGUUAUCAUCGAGUCAACAACAAUCGCAUAGUGGUAGUGAUCUACUUAAUACAGUUAUGAAUAAUCUUGCGAUCGUAAAUCAAAAUCGCCAUAAUGGCCAAUCGCAACAAAUUCUAAACAACCAACAGCAACAAAAGAUGCGUCAAUUGAUGCAAUGGAACAACAAUAACAACGAAAUCAAAUCUGCUUUUGAUCGUGAACAAUGUAUGUUGGGUUUAUUCGAACAGCAACAACCGCAAAUGCAACGCAAUUCGUUUGACGUAUUUCCACCAAAUUCGUCCAAUAUGAAUUGGAAUCAAACAAAUCAAUCGAAUGGUGGUAUUCAACGAUCAAUAUCAAUGAUAUCCGAUCAUGGAAAUGAUUACAAUAAUGGUGGUGGUGGUGGUGGUAAUAAUCUUUUGCUCGAAACAUUUAUGCCCGAUAAAUUAUUACGUGAAAUAUUUGAAAUUGGUAACAAUGAUGAUGAUCAGGAUCAUAAUCAUGAUGAUUCAAAUGAUAAUCUUUUAAUGAUGUUUAAUCAAAAUCAAUCACCACCGGAAUUAAUUUCACCCACAUCGGAAAUACCGUUUGGAUUAUCAUCAACAACAACAACAACAUUACCACCAUUAUUAUCAUCAUCAUGUUGGUCAUCAUCAUCGGCUGUUGAAAGUAGUAACAAUAGUAACAAUAACAGUAGUAGUAUAACACCACAAUCAUUAUCAUCAUCAUCAUUAUUAUUGAAUAUUUUAAAUGAAUUUGAUAAUCUAAGUUUAAAUUCAACAAGCGAAUCAUCAUCGAUUGGUUCGAUUGCAUCAUAUGUUCAAUGAAAUUAAUGAAAUAAU